GACUGGCGCUAGUUCUGGUCUAAAACAUUGUUCUUCCAUUAAGUUACAAAGGAAGUUUAAGAAAUGUAUUUGGUGAUUUAAGUUUGUUAAAAUACUGGGAUUUUUUUUAUAGAUACUUUUUACAGAGAAAAUAUUUCUUGUGUUUUUAAAAUCAUGGCUUUCUUGAACAACACAACACAAAAUGAGUUUAUCAGUGACAAUAGUGAAACAGAAAGCAAUGUCUUAGUUGUGAUAUACAUUUUAAUUGGUUUAACUGGUUUGCUAGGAAACAUCUUGGUUAUCUACGUAAUUUUAAAAUCCCCGAAGAUGAGAACAGUGACUAAUAUGUACAUCUUCAACUUGGCUCUCUCGGAUUUGAUAUUUUUAUUACACAUCGCCAUGAUCACCACCACCACCAUUGUUAAACACUGGGUGUUUGGAGAAGCUUUGUGCAAGAUUUUUUUCACCACUGUUGCUAUAACGUCAUUUUCCAGCGUUUUGACGUUGACGAGUUUAAGCGUGGACCGUUAUAUUGCAGUAUGUAAACCGGUUAUAUCACAGAAACAUCGCCAACCAAUGAAAGCUGUGUUUGUGAUCGUAGUCAUAUGGACUCUUUCCUUACUGCUCUCGAUGCCCAUUAUUUUGUUUUCAAGAAGAACGUCCCAUCCUUUCCUGGAAGGUAAAUUUUCCUGCACUGUAGACUGGGAUAUAAAGGCUGUUCCAGUAUAUGUAAUUUAUGUAUUUAUUCUUGGCUUUGCACUACCCCUGUGUUUCAUUUCUACAUUUUACACAUGUGUUAUUGUGCACAUAAAAAGUGCUGGACCAGCCAAUCGAAAGCGAUCAAAGGAACAGCGCAAAAAUCACAGGAAAGUCACGUACCUAGUUUUGGCCAUCAUUUUGUCAUAUGUUAUCUGCUGGUUGCCAUACUGGAUUUUCCAGAUUGUGCUUGUAAUAAUGAGUUUGUACAACAUAGUUACAAUAGUGAUACUCCAUAUAUGUACAGUCUUAACAUUUGUUAACAGUAUGAUAAAUCCGUUUCUGUAUGCAUUUAUCAGUAAAGACUUUCGAUACAGAUUUAAGGAAGCAUUCAAGUCCCAGUGCAUAUCCGAAGAACAGGGGAGUAAGGCCAGCACAGUUGCAAUUGAUUCCCUGCGGAGACAUGUUAGUAAUCCGACUGAGGAGGACAUAAACUCAGUGAAACAGGAUAAACUUUUGAUUGAUCAUAAUGACGGCGGAGGAAUUUACACUGGUCAGUGAGGACAAUCUGCAGGGUUUGUCAAAAAUGUAAAUGCAGGAAAAACAUCUUAGAAGAAUCAGUUGGUGUUGUAUGUUGUUUGUAAUUGUGUUCUUGUUUUUUUUGGAAGCACUGGUGAUUUUGGUUUACUUCUGAUAACUAAUAAAGAGCUAAAAAGUAAAUAAUCAAA